AUGGCUGGAUUGGAACCCGACAUCCAAAUGGGCUCUUCGGGCCUGCAAGAGUCUUCUGAUAGUGCGCAGCGACGCGAGAGGGCCGCCAUCGCCGCACAGGCUUGUCAGACCUGCCGAAGUAGGUGCGUAUGAUGACUUGGCGAAAUAGUAUUGCGCUAUACAUGUUCGGUCUUUACUCCGUUCUCAUACUGACUUCGAUCCAAGAAAGAGUAAAUGCGACGAGCAGCGGCCGAGAUGUGAGUUUUCAAGGUCGCAUGGUCCCCCCUGGAUCACGCUGCUAACCAGAAUAUAGGUGGUCUCUGCAGAAGAUUGAAUGUCGAGUGUGUGUAUCGCGAACCACUGCCAACCAAGUAUGUGAUUCCUGCUGCUGUUGCGAGACAUCAGGCUAGUGCUGAUACAAGUCAUAGAAAGGAUAAGACUAUGGUGCACAUCUUAGACACGUUGAGCCGUCUUGAGACCAAGUUCGACAAUCUUGCGAUCUCCGGAGGCUCAAGCACACCGGAGACGCAGGCGUCGGGAGGCGCUCGACCUUUUGUUAGUCAAGUCUCAACAUUGCCCGGUCGACCAUACCGCCCUGAGCAGGACUACGACACCCAGCAAUUUCCCAUCCAGCUGCAACAGGGCUAUCGCCACCUUACAGCACCGCACAAGAUCGUGCUCUGGCCCAGCAUCUACAUUCAUCUGAUUAACUCGGGUAUCACUGCAACUUCAGAUCUGCAGUAUGUCCUGCAAGAGGGAACGCCGUGGUUCAUCAGGCAGGAGAUGGCUUCUCGUAGUGCGGCGGUGCCUGCGGACGGCGGGUUGGCAAUGUUCCCACUCGAUGGACGGGCUCCAGGAGCGGGUAAAAGGCCCACGAUUGCUUUUAGCAAUCUCGAUUUCCAGCAGAUCCAAGAAUAUUGCGACGCAUACUUCAACACCUUUAAUGUAACAUCGCCGAUUCUCAACCGCGAGACCUUCAUGGCCGAGACGAUAACCCCGAUUUUACAGCAAGGCUUCAAAGAUGGCGAGGCUCAGACAGUCCUAGCUCUCCUUGUCCUCGCGCUCGGACAGGUUGCCCUUGAGGGCGUGUUCGAGCGACCGAUCAGUAUGGUGAACGGUGCCCCUAGCGGCUUUCGGGGAGGCACCGUGGAUAGACCUCCCGGGCUAGAGAUCUUCAAUGAGGCCCGCAAGCGGAUUGGUUUCAUUUCGACGCAGAUGACGCUCGAAAGCGUUCAAGCCAUGCUUUUGCAAGGCGUAUACUAUGAGGCGACUGCAAGACAUCUCGACUUCUGGCAAUGUACGGUCAGCGCAUCCAUGGCUUGCCAGGUGCUCAUCAAGUGCCAAUCCAUCGACUGGCAAUCGCAUUACGGCGACCUGGUCAAGAGAGCGUACUGGACCUGCCUGCUGUCCGAAGACCUCUACCACCUGGAUCUGGAUCUGCCACGUAGUGGCGUUCAUCUGCUCGAGGACGUUGUCCCCCUUCCCUACUUCCACGAAGGUAGCAGUGAAGUCCCAGGAGUGUUUUCAAAAGAUGCUCGAUCGCAUUUUCAAUAUCACUUCCUUGCCAUGAUAGCAUUGCGGCGACUGAUUUCAAGGAUUCACGAAGUGAUACAUGAAUGUGAGUUAUCUACUGGGCUCAUCUCCUGUAAACCCACACUGACGCGACAUAGCUUCGUCGCAUCAAGCAGAAACGUGCAGCGACUAUGGCGGGCCGCCUAUGACCGUGAUACGAGAGAUGGCGCGGCAACUUGAGUCUUGGCGAUCGCUUCUUCCCCGGCCGCUGCAAUGGCAGGACAAUGACCGACUUGACUUUCCCAAUAUUGACCCGGCUGUUCGACGCCCGAAUGAGCCUCUCUUUUCGCCUGAUCAAGGUUCGGUACCGAUCGGGCACAAGCACAAUUUGGAUCUGGUCACUGCUCAGCUCCGCACGCGUUUCUACUACGCCCGGUUCAUGAUGUAUCGAGCUUUUGUUUACAAGGCGCUACACUUUCCGGAACUGAUGACGGCGGAGGAUCGCAAUUCCUGUGGAUUGGCGAUCAAGUCCGCUCUUCUCUGGCCUAUUUCUCUGGCUCCGCCAAAGAACAAAAAGCGGCUGGUGCCGCACCUGUUCGCCUGGACGCAGAACUUCAUGGCUAUCUUGUUGAUACUCCGUAUGACUACUGAGAACGACUGCCUGAAGAGCGUGUGUGAGGAGCACGUGAAUCGUGAUGAGCUGGAGAAGACGAUUCGGUUGAUGCUAGAGUGGGUGCGAGACGUGAGACAGGUCGAUGGCAUCGCAGAUUGGAGCUGGGGCAUACUGGAGCCGCUCUACAAGAGCGGCGCAUAA